AUGGACGCCAGCUGGCAGGAUGUGUUGGUGCUUGACGGCCAGCAAGAAGGAAAAGAGGAGCGGGCGCGACACGCUGCUACUCUUGCCGCUGCUGCGGUCAACGGCGACGGCACUCACGCUCAUGCUGGCGUAGACAACAGAGUUCUGGUCGUCGAGGACUUGGAAGCAGACGGCGACAUUCUCGGCUUCUUUGGAGCACUGGACUCGCCCACCGCCACCGGCCCGACUCUCGAUACCUACAUCUGUGUGCGCACCGGGCGCGAGGUAGACCGACCAACGACCAGACUUCUCACCAGAGCCCUACACGGCUGGCUCAGCGGUCCGGCGGCGGCAGCUGCAGCGACGGGUCGAGAUUGGCUUGGAGGCCUAGCGGGCGCGGAAGCGGCAGGGCGGCCAGCAAACGAGGAGGAGGAGGGGGAGCUAGUCGACUGGGUUGACACGAGAGGGAGGGUUAUCUGCGCGCUGCCCAGGCCGGUGGUGCAUUCUAACAAUGUGCUUCAUCGCGGGGCUGGGGUUAUGGUCAGGGACGCUAAGGCGAGGACGGCGUGUUUUGAGGAGCCAGCUAUAAUGUCGCUAGUGGAAGAUACCAUGAAGGCAAGCAAGAAGGAGGAGCCAGCUGGCACCAUGGAGGGCGCCGCUGACCGCGGCGAUGCUAGGAAGAGCGCCGCCGCGGAGUCCACGAACGCCGAAGGAGGGGCACCGUGGACCGGGAGUGCGCAGGACGGGAGCGGCGAAGCAGGGGGCUUUGUCCCCCAAGAGGUGAGAGUAGCCGCUGCUCAGAACCAAGAUUAUAGUAGUGCCAUGGGAGAUGGUGGUGCUGCUGUUGGCUUUGGAUACGGAGCCACAACCCCAGCGACGGGGUACCAAAGUGUGCGGUACACUUUUCCUCCGUUCAGCGGGAAAUCGAAAUAUUUCAACCAAUGGCUAAAUGAUUUCCGCAUGGCAGCUAAUGGCGCAAACCUGUUGGAACAAUUUGAAGAGAGCGGGAGCUUGGAGAUCCCCGUCAACAGCGGAAAGAACAAGUUUUUGCUGUCACAGCAGUACCGAAGCGAGCAAGUAGAGCUCACAUUCCACGCGUGGAAGUUCCUGUCUCACGCGUUGAACGAAAAAGAUCGGAAAAUCAUGAAGUGGGCAGAGACGCCCCAGGGAGGUCUUCGUGAGCUCAAGACCAUACACGACCCUGAAUCAUCUGUACAGCCGUCAGAGGACCUCAAGUCCCUGACGUCGAACAAGAUAUCUAGAGGUGAAACCCCCCAAAACGCCCUCAAUGAGAUGCUCCAAAGCGCAAAGUCCUUAAACGAGAAAGGGCUAACUGUUAACGAAACGUUCGUCUUUCACCUCUUCCUGGAUGCCCUUUGGGACGAGUAUGCCAUGACAAAUCACAACCUGCGACACGCGAAGGAGUUGACGCGGGCCGGUGUGCUAAAGGAAUUAAUGAUCGAAUACAAGGCGAUCAAGGACAAGCUGGAGCAGGGGAAAGGAAAAGGGGCGAAGGGCGCAGAGCAAGCGGCCGCAAGGAGCGGUACUCAAGUAGGAGUCAGGGGCAAGGUCGUGGUCGUGGCGGCGGCCGUGGCCGCAGCAGCAGUCGUGGCGGCGGUCGCGGCGGCCGCUCAGGCGGAUCCGGACGGGUCGAGGAGAGCAAGGGAAGCAGCAGUGGAGGCGCCGAUGGCGGCGGACAUCGUGCCGUGGUGUGCGCGCUGCGAGGGGUGGGGCCACACCAAAGAAAAGUGCGCGACGGAGGAGGCCGUCCUAGCGCAAGUGGUGGAGCAUGAGAGCGACGUGGACUCCGUGGAAGACCAGGCGUUUUGUGCCGUGGCAGUCCCCCCAGGCGAGUGUGGUACCGUUGGUGAAGUAGGUCUAGUGAGGGUUGUGGAACAAGGCCAGGCGGUGUACGUGGCCGACACAGCGGCGACGUGCUCCAUGUUCCGAUGUGCAGACAACUUCGUGAACUACCGUGAGCGUAGCGGUUGGGUGAAGGGGAUCGGAGGCGACAAGGCCCCCGUUCCUCGUCUAGGAUACGGACAUGUGACCUUAGUCCUACAGACGGAAGAUGGUGGAGUACCCGCACCAGUACUGAAUACUGCCCAUGUACCAGAGGACCCCUACAACCUCCUCUCGCUGUCUUCGUUGGCGGAGGAGGGCCACACGUAUUCGGGGAUGAAGGGGGGCCUCACGCUGACCACGAAAGCCUGGGGGGAGGUGUGGUUCCCCCGGACUGGAAAGCUGCUGACCCAACGAGGCUAUCAAAUAAAGCCAACGCUACACACCGCCUGUGCCGCACUCAUUGUUCCUGGCGAUGCGAAAGCAGCCACCCCCACUGACCUCAGCGAGUACCACCUCGCGCACGGCCAUGCCCACGAGACGUUGCUCUGGAUCACGGCGGAGCAGCAGGGAGUGCAGCUGCCGGAUGGACCGCUGCUACCCUGUCUUGGCUGUUGGAUGUCCAAGGGACAGGUGACGCCCGUCCAGAAGAGCACGAGCACACGUGCACUGCUACCUCUCGCAGAUGACGAGCAGGGAGGGGAGGGUGAGAUCAGAGCGGAUGCAUCACGCCAAGGUUGGGGGGGGCAGAGAGGCUCAGAGAGUGAGUCCGACCUCGACGUGAUGGAGGCUCGUGGGCCAGGGCAAGCGACGCCGUUUGUGCGCGAGGAGGCGCCGACGGCACCCGGCAACGGGAUUCCGGGGGACGGAGGCAGCGUUCCCCCGUCACCCCCUUCGGGAAGGGGCGACUUCGGUGGAGGCAGUGACAGCCCCACCGACAGCAGCAGCAGCAGCAGCAGCCCGAGCAGCAGCAGCAGUGACGCCGGCGGUGCCGGCGGCUCGGGCGGCGAAGAGUCCGGCGACCCAUGUGGGGACGGCGGUAGCGAUGGUGAUCCCGGCGACUCCGAGAACCUCCAGGAGUUGAAGCGCAAGGUGCAGGAGGUGUUGGACCCGGAACAGCAGGCGUUCGGGGCCGAGGUCGACGCCAGCGGGUCUUCGCAACCACUUCCAGACCCACAGCUAAGUAUGACCUCGCCAAUCGGGCAGAAGCCGAGUGAUGUGGAAGCAGUACCGAUGACGUACAAGGAUGUGAUGUGUUCCAAGUACGAGGUUUCCUGGGAGGCGGCCGUGAAGAAAGAGAUAGAUGGCCACGACAAGACUGGAACCUUUACCAAGGUCAAGGAGCUGCCCGAGGGGCGGAAGGCCAUAGGUUCAACGUGGGUGUUCUCUUGGAAGACGAAUGAGAAAGGCCUGAUAGUCGACUUCUAGGCCCAUAUGGUUGCGCGGGGUUUCU